GGCUGUCGGGGUUAAAAAGAAGGCUGUCGUGACGAUCUAGAUAAACUAGCUAUCAUGUUAGACCAAGUAUUUACUUCAUAUACAUCGUUAAUCUUAGUUGGCAUAACUUUGAUAUUAUGGCUGGUAUGGACCUAUCGGAAACCAGAGGGACUGCCACCCGGUCCAACACCCCUUCCGAUUAUUGGAAACGUAUUCUCAAUGUUGAAAAGGGAUACGCGUGAAGCGUUCAGUGAUCUGCAAAAGCAGUACGGAGAUAUUUUCACGCUAAUAAUUGGAAAUGGUACUUUAAUAGUAGUGAAUGGUUUAGACGCAAUAAAAGACAUGUUGGUAAAAAAUGGCGAUACGUUUUCUGACAGACCUACCAAUUUAGUCUAUUCUGAUUUAACAAUGGGAUUAGGUAUCAUUAACACCAGUGGUAAUAAAUGGAAGGAACAGAGAAGAUUUGCUUUAUCUACAUUACGAGAUUUUGGUAUGGGAAGAAUUGGCAUGGAAGAGAGAAUAUCUAAGGAGUGUCAAGUGUGUAUGGAUAAAAUCAGUAAAUAUGAAGGGAAACCAUUUGAUCCAACUCGUUUGUUAAUGUGUUGUGUUAGCAAUGUUAUAUGCGCCACAAUGUUUGGUAAACGUUACCAGCAUGAUGACGAAGACUUCGUAUUUCAUUUAGAAAGUGUCCACGACUCUGCUCAAAAGCUUGGAAAUGCCUCCUUUUUCCACUUUUUCCCAAUAUUUGGGCAUUUCCUUCUUAGAGAUAUAAAAAAGAGAGACAAAAGAGUUAGGUAUGGUAUAUGUUUAAAAGAAGUUCAAGAUCAUCAGAAUACAGAUUCGAAACAUGGUGAUAUCAGUGAUUUUAUCGAUGCUUAUUUAAAGGAAACGAAAGAUAGGGAGGGUAGUGGAGAAAGUUCUUCAUUCAAUGAACAAAAUCUAUUACAAAUCUUGGGAGAAUUUUUCUUUGCGGGAACUGAGACCCUUACAACAACCUUCAGAUGGGCGCUGAUAUAUCUCUCUUUGUAUCCAGAACAUCAAAGGGCGGCUCAAGAAGAACUAGAUAGAGUUGUCGGACGUAACCGGAAGCCAUGUAUGAACGAUAAAAAAUCGCUUCCGGUUGUUGAAGCAACAAUAUUAGAAAUUCAAAGACUUGGUGAUGUGGUUCCAUUCUCAGUGCCACAUGCUGUUGCCAAGGAAACGGUGUAUAAGGGUUACCGAAUUCCUGCCAAGGCUAUUAUUUUGCCAAAUAUAUCAUCAAUAUUGAAUAGUAAAGAGUUAUGGGGAGAUCCCGAGGUGUUCAGACCUUCACGAUUUCUUGACAAGGACAGCAAGAGUCUCACCAAAGAAGCAAAUAUACCAUUUUCAUUAGGAAAACGGUUAUGUCUUGGAGAAUCACUUGCCAGAAUGGAAUUGUUUAUAUUUUUAUCAACCUUUUUACAGAAUUUCACGUUCAGUUUACCGGAAUCACAACCAAAACCGUGUUUAAAAGGGGUGAUUGGAAUUACCAGAAUGCCUCAUGCCUAUAAUAUCAUUGCAACGAAACGAUAACCUUUCAGCAUAAUAUUACUGUUGCAACCAUUGCGUGUCUUUAUCAAAUUUCCUUUGUAGGUGUGCAUAUGUCCUGUUUAGAUUUAGAAGACCAAGAAGCGUAAAAGUUUAAAUUGUUUCUCUGUUCUGAUUAUUGAAAACAAAGACCAACUCUUUGUGCUACUCCCGACGUUAUUGUUCCUUUUCCUUAACAAUAUUAAUUUGGACAUGUGUUAAGAUGUUAUGUCCAUUAUUAUGACUAAAAAUGUUGUCUCGUUUUGUUUGUUGUUGAAUGCCACGUUCUAUACCAUUAACGAAUCAUAAAUCUAAUUGAUAAAAACAUAUUUACUAAGAAAUUUUACAUUUGACCGGAUUCGGAAUAGCAAGAAUUCCCGACUAAUGCUUUAUUUGUGACUUCGUAUCUGGAGUUCAGGGUCAUACACUCGGGGUCAUACAAAUGUAACCAAUGAAAAAUAGGAGGCUUUGAAAGUGGUGAUUCUUCUGUAAAUAAUUCCAUCUUAUUUCACACCUCAACGCUUACCUUAUAAGGAGUGAUAAUUCAGUAAUAAGAAUAAUAGCACCUGAUAUGAAUGCUAAUGACUAUAUAAGGAACUAAUGAAGUGUCUAUCAAAUUUCUUAAUCAAAUACUUCAAUGUACUUCAUAAAUGGCCCUUAUUAACCGAUUUUAGUCUUUAUUGAAGUAAAAACUGUGACUGAGGUUAAAUGUUACAUAUAAUAUUCAUAGUAGUUCUUAGGUUAUUUGAUUUUGCCAUCUGAAGCCUCAACUAUUUGUUUAAUCUCAUUCGUUGUUCUUGAAUUUCUACUAUGUUGAUAUGCCAUGUUUCUAUCCAAUAUAUUUGUCAGCUAACUCUUAGAUUUCGGCGAAAAAGGGGGUUACAAAUAUUUCAUUAAGAAAUUGGAAUAUGUGGUCUGGAUCGGCUGGGAAGCUUUCUUUUGUUCUGAUUAUUAGAUAAAAUAAUAACUCGCCCAAUGGGCUAGAGGUUAGUAUGUUAUAUAUUGAUGGUCUUUUAUUUGCUAUGGACAAGAUUAAAGUUCUGGUUUUUCGAAU